AUGCUGGAACUGACGUUGGAUGAGGUUGUACUGGACCGCAGGCGGCUUCUGUGCCAGCUCCUCAAGAGCCUCCAGCAGUAUGGGAUGUCCAUCCUGCUGCCCGUGGGUUGUAGCGGCUUCGAGGACUGGCUGCUGGACAAGGUCGACGUGGGCGCGCUCCUGCCCUCCAUCGCCCGGGGCGGGGAGCUGGACCUGAUGGCCGUCUGCCGCGCGCCCUCCAGCCAGCGCGAUGGCCCCGCCUCCCGCCGCGGCAGCCUGCUGGGCCGCGCCACGCCGCGCACUCCCCAGCCAUCUGCCGAGCUGAGCAUCCAGGACGUGACGCUGGACCUGGACGAGUCGCAGCUCAAGGACCUAACCUACGCCACCUUCCUGGCGGCUGCCGGGGACCAGGCGUCACCCGCGUUGCUGGGCGUGCUGCGCGCGCAGCUGGAGGUCAGCGCUGCGCGCUCCGACGAGCUGCGCGCCGUGGCGGCACUGGACGCAGGGGCCAAGCAGGAGAUCGGCACGCUGCACAUGCACGCACGCCUGCUCAAGACGGUGCGCCCCUCCUCCUUCUCCAGCUUCAAGAACUUUGCCGAGUACGUGGCCGAGAGCGACGAGCUGGUGGGCCUGCUCCGCGCCCGCGUCUGGCCUGCGCUGGGCAUCACCCCCGAGCUCCACCUAGCGCUCUACGCCUGGGUCCACUUCCGCCAAUUCGUGCUGAGCGGGGAGGGGCGCCUGCUGGACAGCGCCAACACCAUCGUCAAGGCCCUGCCGGUGCUGGGUGGGGCGGGGGCCGGGGAAGCGAGCGGUGGAGACGGGGCGGACACCGCAUCCAACGGCGCGACCGGGAACGCCGUCUCCUCGACUGGCAACACGCCGACUUCCUCCCGCCAGGCCACACCGCGGGCACCGGACUCCGCCGCAGCCGCCUCCCAGGUCCUGGGCUGCCUGUCGGAGGCGGUGCUGGGCCUGCUGCGCGACUACCACGGGUCGGUGGGGUCGCAGACGGCCAUGGCGCGCCUGCUGGCCCUGCUCCAGGGCGUGGAGCGCGCGCUAGGCACGCUGGGCGGCCUGCCGUCGCUCCUGCGCGGCGCGGUGCGCAGCUCGGUGCGUGCCGAGUUCGGCCGGCGUCGCGCCGCCGCCGCGCGCGGCGCCGCCGGCGAGGCCGCGGCCGCCGCCGCGCUGGCCGCCUCGGCCAUCGAGCUGCUGCGCACCGAGCUGCGCGCCUACUCCCCACUGCUGCUGCCGGUGGAGCCGCGCGCGCGCGGCGUGGCCGCGCGCGCGCUGCAGGACGCCUUUGGCGCCGCCUUCCUGCCCUGGGUGGUGGGCGUGAGCGUGCUGGACAAGGUUACGCUGGAGGCGCUGCGCCUGGGCGUGGCGCUGGAGGAGUUUCUCAAGAAGGAGGCGCGCGAGGACCCAGGCGAGCCCUGGGACCUGCAGGCCCGCAUCAAUCCCCUGCUCUACCAGUGGGUGGAGGGCCAGGCCAGCAUGCUGCGCGGCUGGAUCACUCGCAUCCUGGCCUCCGAGGACUGGCAGCGCCACGGGAGGCAGCCGGGGCGCGGGGCCAGGCGCGUCGGGUCCACGACGGAGGCGGUGAAGGCCGCGACGGACACGCUGGAGGGCCUGUUCGACCUGGGCAUCUCCCCGCUGCCCACGGGCGUGCUGCGCUGCCUGGUGGACGGCGUGGACGGCGCCCUUGGGGCCUACGCCGCCGGCGUGCGCGCCAGCCUGCCCAGCGUGGCCACGCUGCGCCCGCCGCGCCCGGCGCUGACGCGGUACAAGCGCGAGGUGGUGGCGGCGGCGCAGGAGGCGGAGGCCGCUGACGGGCGUGUGGGCCUGGAGUCGCUGUCUUGGGUGCCCCCCGUGUCGCGCGCGGAGGCGGAGGGCGUGCUGGCCACGCCCUGGGACGCGCUGCUGCUGCGGGCCAACGCCGCCGCCGCGCUGCUGGACGCGCUGGACGAGCUGGAGCGCCUGGUGCUGGACCGGUGGCAGGCCGGCACGCCGCGCGGCGGACGGCUGUACCGCUUCCAUGUGCAGGCCGCGCGCCUGGGCGGCGUGCUGCAGGAGGUGGACCGCGUGCUGGGCACGCUGUGCGCCGGCGCGCACGACGCGCUGCCCGCGCUGCUGGCGCGUGCACUCUGCGCCGAGCUGCUGGACGCGCUGGCCUUCGUGUUGCUGGACGGCGGGCCGCUGCGCCUGUUUGUCCCCGGCGACGUCGACGCGCUGGAGGCAGACCUCACCGCACUCCAGGCCCUGUUCCACGCCGAGGCCGACGGCCUGGAGCUGGACGAGGUGGAAAGCGCGUCGGCGCCGCUCUCCGCCAUCCUGGACGCCAUGGCCCUGGACACCGACGUGCUCAUCGCCAACUACAAGCAGGCCCUGGCGCUGCCAGCGCGGCCGCUGGCGACGACGCAGCACGGCGCGGCGCCGGCCCCCGCGCCGGCGCUGGAUCCGGACGUCCUGCUGCGUGUGCUGUGCCACCGCGCGGAGCACGCCGCCUCCAAGUUCCUCAAGGGCCUCAAGAUCAACAAGCGGCUGCCGCUCAGCGCGGUGGGGCAGGCGGGGGCGGCGCCGCAGAAGGUCAAGAGCAAGACCAGCCCGGGCCUCCUCCGCGGCUUCAGCACCAAGAAGAAGUGA